AUGGCCUCCAAGGAAGAGCAUCACGAAAAGAAGGUCAUCGGAAAGCCCUCAAAAAAUUAUGCAACUGGAAAAUGGACCAAUCAAAUAGGGGAAAGUUCCAUUGUCCUGGCGCUUCCUGCACAAAUUCAUAGGCCGAACCGUGAUGUCGCGGGCUCGUAUAAUGUCGAGGGGGAGAAAGCUAAGGGAAAGAAGUCAAGGCGACAUGAAAGAGCGCGUGAAAGGGAUAUCAUCACUGAGAAUGAAAAGACUGAGGUGAUCUCAACGAAAAAGUCCAAAGAGAAGAAAGCUCGAGUCUCGUUAGGAAUAUCUGACACUGCUGAAGAAGCUGCUUUGGCUUAUGAUAGGGCGGCCAUUGAAAUGAGAACAACGGCCUCCAAGGUUGAACUUCAGGCAAAUGAGGCAGUGAAAAAACCAUCAGAAACAAAGAGAGUCAAAAAAUCCACCAACCAAAUAGGCGAAAGUUCUGUUGUCUUGCCGCGUGUUGUACGCAUUUACAUGGCGGACAGUGACGCCACGGACUCGUCUAGUGAUGAGGAUGAGAAGCUUCAUGGAGAGGUGUCCAAGCGACUUAAAAAAAUGUGUAUAAAGGAAAUCAUCAUUGAAAAUGGAAAGACCAGGGUCAUUUCAAAAAAGAAGAAAGAUAUAAUGCUGCUGCAAGAAAAUGUGAAGAAGUACAGGGGAGUUAGACAAAGAAAAUGGGGCAGAUCGGCAGCAGAGAUUCGUGAUCCAAGAAAAAAAGCUCGGGUUUGGUUGGGAACUUUUGACACUGCUAUUGAAGCUGCUUUGGCUUAUGACAAUGCAGCCAUUGAAAUAAGAGGGGCUAAUGCAGUAACAAACAUCCUCAAGCCACCACCGAAGGAAACCAACAACAUCAAAAUCAACUUCAACGUGCCACCGCUAAGGGAGACAGAAGACGGAUCUGUAGUUUAAUUAAACUUGACGGGUUCAACCUUCUGUAGGUGGAUCCAUUGUAACUUUGAAAUUAUGAGUUCAAAAGUUAAUAUUUGUUGAACUUUUAGUCGUUUUCACAUAUACAUUUAUGUCCCAUGUGAAGAAUACUAGGUUCCUUUGAACCAAUUAAACAAAG